AUGACCACCAACUACGUCAAAGACCAGGGCCCAGAUUUCAGAAAUGAGAUCCAGCGCGUCGCAAUUAUCGGUGCCGGAGGCACCGUGGGCAAGCCUAUCGCCCAAGAACUCCUCAAAACAGGCAAGCACACGGUAACCGCGCUGACUCGCGUCGGGGGCCAAAACACUUUACCCGAAGGCAUCCAGACCGUGCUUGUCGACUACCACGAUGAGACAAGUCUCGUGAAUGCCCUCAAGGGCCAGGACGCCGUGGUAAUCACAUUACCCGUCACCGCAGCACCAGACACACACUCCAAGAUCGUACAAGCCGCCGCGAAGGCUGGGGUUAAAUACGUGAUGCCGAAUGUCUGGGGCUGCGACGCCGCAAAUGACUCUCUAGUGAACAGCGGACUAGGCUGGGAGCGGGUCCCGAGGUCUUUCGAGGAAAUCGAGAAGACGGGUGUUUCGUCGUGGAUGGCGCUUAUCUGUGGGUUCUGGUAUGAGCAUAGUGUGAGCCUUGGACCCGCUACUUUCGGGUUUAAUUUUGCGGAGAAGAAAGUGGUGUUCUUUGAUGACGGGAAGACUCCGAUGAACGUUAGUACUACUGCGCAGUGUGGGAGAGCUGUUGCGAAGCUGUUGAGUUUGAAGGUGUUGCCUGAGGAUGAGAACGAUCAGAGUGUGACGCUGAGUCGUUGGUUAAAUAAACCCGUCUAUAUCUCCAGCUUCCGGGUGACUCAGAAGGAGAUAUUUGAGAGUUGGAAGCGGGUCACCGGUGAGAAGCAUGAAGAUUGGACGGUUGUGUAUGAGUCCAGCCGUGAACGAUACGAACAGGCACUCGAGAGAGUAAGGAAUGGAGACCACGGUGCCUUUGUUCAGGCCAUGUACUCCCGUGUCUUGUUUCCAAAUGGAGACGCGGAUUAUGAGAGCAAGCAUGGUUUGGCUAAUGAACCUCUUGGUGUUCCUCAGGAGGAUCUCGAUACGCAGACCAGGAAUGCGAAGGCAAUGGUUGAUCAGGGGUACGAUUAUAUGACCAAGCGGAACUGA